GUAUCGAGGAGGUCCUUCUGGCAUCCCAUCGUGCAUAGCGACCUCGCCUCGCUAGGAGGCACGUUUUGGCCUCUUUGGUCACGAUCAACCUUUUGGCUGCAACCAAAGAGCGCGCCUCGUUCCUAUAGCAACCGCCCCAGGUCCACGCCUAGACGGCGAGUGGCAAGGGUCAAAAUAGAUUUCGCCCAGUAGACGCCCUCGACCUGUUCGGUUCUCGCCUUCAGUGCGAUAGACCUUUAAGCGUCACGUGACUCCCCUCGGGCUUGUCCCCGCCUCUUUCCCCUCCCCAGGCCCAGGCGAGCGCUGGUGUGGACGGGAAGCUCCCGGCCCGGCGAACUAACUGGAGCACGGACGCGGCAGCCGGUUGGGCUGGUGUACUUUCCCGGUAACUCCGUCCCGGCGUGACGCGCGGAACCGCGGACGCGGCGGGGCCAGGCCGACUCAGGGAUUUCCCCUCUGGAAAGGAAGAGAAAUGGAAGUGAGAAAGUUGAGCAUUUCCUGGCAGUUCUUGAUAGUUCUGGUUCUGAUCCUGCAAAUUCUGUCUGCGUUGGAUUUUGACCCAUACAAAGUCCUAGGGGUCAGCCGAACAGCCAGUCAGGCUGAUAUUAAAAAGGCUUAUAAGAAGCUCGCCCGGGAAUGGCAUCCUGACAAAAACAAAGAUCCUGGAGCAGAAGACAAGUUCAUUCAAAUCAGUAAGGCUUAUGAGAUUCUUUCAAAUGAAGAAAAGAGAUCAAAUUAUGAUCAAUAUGGAGACGCUGGAGAGAACCAGGGCUACCAGAAGCAGCAACAGCAGCGAGAGUAUCGCUUCCGCCAUUUCCAUGAAAAUUUUUAUUUUGAUGAAUCCUUUUUUCACUUCCCUUUUAAUUCUGAACGGCGGGACUCAAUUGACGAAAAGUAUUUAUUGCACUUUUCACAUUAUGUGAAUGAAGUGGUUCCAGAUAGCUUCAAGAAACCCUACCUCAUCAAGAUCACCUCUGAUUGGUGCUUUAGCUGCAUUCAUAUCGAGCCUGUGUGGAAAGAAGUCGUUCAAGAACUGGAAGAAUUGGGUGUAGGAAUUGGCGUGGUCCAUGCUGGGUAUGAGAGACGCCUGGCCCAUCACCUAGGGGCACACAGCACGCCCUCUAUCCUAGGAAUCAUUAAUGGGAAAAUCUCCUUCUUCCGCAAUGCAGUUGUCCGUGAAAAUCUGCGACAAUUUGUAGAAAGUCUUCUUCCAGGGAACUUGGUGGAGAAAGUUACAGGUAAAAAUUAUGUCAGAUUCCUUUCUGGCUGGCAGCAAGAGAAUAAGCCUCAUGUCCUUCUGUUUGACCAAACGCCCAUUGUGCCACUGUUAUACAAGUUGACUGCCUUUGCAUACAAAGAUUAUUUAUCAUUUGGAUAUGUAUAUGUGGGUUUGAGAGGGACGGAAGAGAUGACGAGGCGAUACAACAUCAAUAUCUACGCCCCUACCCUCUUGGUCUUUAAAGAACAUAUAAACAAGCCUGCCGAUGUUAUCCAGGCCCGAGGUAUGAAGAAGCAAAUCAUUGACGACUUCAUCACCCAAAACAAAUAUCUAUUGGCAGCCAGGCUCACCAGCCAGAAGUUGUUCCAUGAACUCUGCCCUGUGAGACGGUCGCAUCGACAGAGGAAGUACUGUGUGGUUUUAUUGACUGCUGAGACUACCAAGUUGAGCAAACCCUUUGAGGCUUUCCUGUCCUUUGCCCUGGCAAACACUCAAGACACAGUGAGAUUUGUGCAUGUAUACAGCAAUCGGCAGCAGGAGUUUGCCGGCACCUUACUACCAGACGGUGAGGCGUUUCAAGGGAAAUCAGCGGUGUCUAUUUUAGAAAGGCGCAACACAGCAGGAAGGGUGGUGUAUAAAACCCUGGAAGACCCUUGGACUGGGAGUGAGAGUGACAAAUUUAUCCUCUUGGGCUAUCUCGACCAGCUGCGUAAAGAUCCAGCUCUUCUGUCCUCUGAAGCAGUGCUUCCCGACCUGACCGAUGAACUUGCCCCUGUUUUUCUCCUUCGAUGGUUCUACUCUGCUUGUGACUACAUCUCAGACUGCUGGGAUAGCAUUUUUCACAACAACUGGCGGGAAAUGAUGCCCCUGCUGUCCCUGAUCUUCUCUGCCCUCUUCAUCCUCUUCGGCACUGUCAUCGUUCAGGCUUUCAGCGACUCUAGUGAUGAGCGAGAGUCAAGCCCUCCAGAUAAAGAGGAAGCCCAAGAGAAGACUGGGAAGACUGAGCCAAGCUUCACCAAAGAAAACAGCAGCAAGAUUCCUAAAAAAGGCUUUGUGGAGGUAACUGAACUCACAGAUGUAACAUACACCAGUAACUUGGUACGUCUGAGGCCAGGCCACAUGAAUGUGGUCCUCAUCCUGUCAAAUUCUACCAAGACCAGCCUACUACAGAAAUUUGCUUUGGAGGUCUACACAUUUACUGGGAGCAGCUGCCUACACUUCUCCUUCCUGAGUCUAGAUAAACACAGAGAAUGGCUAGAAUACUUAUUAGAAUUUGCUCAAGAUGCAGCUCCAAUCCCAAACCAAUAUGAUAAGCAUUUCAUGGAGCGUGACUACACUGGUUAUGUACUGGCUCUGAAUGGCCACAAGAAAUACUUCUGCCUCUUCAAGCCCCAAAAAACAGUCGAAGAGGAGGAAGCCAUAGGGUCGUGCAGUGAUGUUGACUCUUCCCUCUACCUGGGUGAAUCUCGAGGGAAACCUUCCUGUGGCCUUGGAUCCAGGCCCAUCAAAGGAAAGUUAAGCAAGCUCUCCUUAUGGAUGGAACGCCUGCUGGAGGGCUCCUUACAGAGGUUUUAUAUCCCAUCAUGGCCUGAACUAGACUGAGAGGAUUUUCAAAAGAGAUUUGAACUCUUCAGACUUUUUAACAUGCCCCUGUGAACAGGUAUUUUCAGGACUCAAACUACCACAAUGAACAGAGUAUAGAUUUUAGAUUGCUCUUCUAGAACCAUUGCUAGAAGAAUCUUUCCUUUGUCCUCUUCUAACCUAGGAAUGAAAAACACCACCAGUUUGAAUCCCCUAGAUCAAAAUCUUUUCCUCUGGGUUUUAUUUUUCCCCACUGAAUGCCACACCAUUGAAAAUAGACUGCUCAUCCCCUCUUCCUUUCUUGUCCCUGUCCCAUGCUCACCCCACCCUCCUGUCCUGUGUCUUGGAGAAGCACAGGGCUCCACCCUGCAAGCGGCAUCUGGCGGACCCUCAUGAGCCUGUCGUGCAGGCCGGGUCAUUGGCCCCUUCCCCAAUCCCGGCCCUGCUGUGCUGCUGCCAUGGCGCAUGCUCCUAACCCUGAACAACCCACGGCAGCUUCUAGCCCCGCAUCUGGAAAAAGGCCCCUUUCCAAGCAAUCUCACAUUUACUGGUUGUUCUGGGAGUAAGUGGCUAAACGUCUAUUUUGGGGGUAUCCCCCAACAACAGUUUGUUGGCCAGUUUGAAAAGGAAAGGAAUAAACGGGAGUUCUGCAUAUGAGUUCUCAAGAAAAGGAAAGGGAGGCUGAGCAGUGGCUGAAGCGAUGCAGCCUUGAGACACACUGAGCAUCCCAUCUGCCGCCCCAGCGCUGCUGGUAGCCAGGGGAGGGGUCUACACAGCGAGAAGUACUGUGAUGACUUUGAGCCGUUGACACGUAUGUUUUCAGAUGCCUUUCUGCCUCUUUCGAUUUUAGGGUAUGGAUAUUAGGAGCCAUAACUUGUAAUCUUGUUCUCUGAACAUAGAGAUAAGCUGCUAUAAAGCCAGUAGAUGUUAAACUGAAGGGAAAUUAUUCCCACCUCCUGUGAGUCAGGCUCAAGGAACCUCUUCAAUAGUGUCUCUUUAGUAAAAUACCAAACAUGUCUUUGUAUCAAGGAACUUAAAAUUUCUCAACAAUUGUAUUUUGAACACGGUUACCCUAAAAGUGCUGUCUCUUCAAGUCAUCUUUUGCAGGAAGUGAGCCAAGACUUGUUUUAGACUCCCAUUUUGCAAAAGGCUUACUUUCCACUUCUGGGCUAUAUUUUGAUGUCUCAUCUUCAUUGUUUUCACUCUUAACUUAGAGCUGCUUCACCAGUAUUGGGGUCAGACUGGCCAUCAGCACCUGAGCGUGCUGAGCUCCAGGUAUAGUGGACCCCAGGCUGGCUCAUACCAGCCAGUUAGAGAGCAUACCUUUUAUUUUUCAGGGCAGAAUGACCAAUGGUUCUGAGUUUUAGUUUGGACAGCUUCAAAGAGUGGUCUGUUCAAAUGUCAAAGCAAAGUGCCUUUGGUGGCUUUGUGAAGGAUGAAAAUCAGUGAUGGGACAUUUACUAAGUUA